AUCCACCCCUCACUGCUGCUUCCAACUCUAUAACGCUGCUUUGCCCUCUUCUCCAUUUGAGAAAUCAUGAACUGGCCGACAUGGUGGCAAUGGAAGGCCUUGGCCAUGGUCAUAAUGGUGUCGUUUCAGAUGGGUAUUUGCUUGGACGCCCGUUCUCCUUCUUCGCUUGGAGAUGCUAUUCUCAGGCUUCCUGGCCAGCCCCAAGUUCGCUUUCAACAGUUCUCAGGAUACGUUGAAGUGGACGAUAAGAAUGAGAAGGCUCUGUUCUACUAUUUCGUUGAAUCCGACACGGAUCCUGCUUCGAAGCCUCUGGUUCUCUGGCUCAAUGGAGGGCCUGGUUGUUCUUCCUUGGGAGUGGGUGCAUUCUCUGAAAAUGGGCCUUUCAGACCGAAUGGGAAGCUUCUGAUUGAAAACAAGUAUAGUUGGAACAAAGAAGCAAACAUGUUGUAUUUGGAGACACCAGUAGGAGUGGGGUUCUCUUAUGCCAAAGGAAACUCCUCCAAUUUGACAGUAAACGAUGAGGCAACAGCCAGGGAUAACCUUGUAUUCCUGAUACGCUGGUUCAGCAAAUUCCCCCAGUACAGGCACCGAGACUUGUUUCUGACAGGAGAAAGUUAUGCAGGGCAUUAUGUUCCUCAACUUGCAAAGCUCAUGAUUGAGAUGAACAAAGAGGAGAAGAUAUUCAAUCUUAAAGGCAUAGCUUUGGGCAAUCCACUUCUAGAAUAUGCCACUGACUUCAAUUCAAGGGCCGAGUUCUUCUGGUCUCAUGGAUUGAUAUCAGAUUCAACUUACAAAAUGUUCACUAAAGUGUGUAAUUAUUCUCGGUAUGUUAGUGAAUACUAUAGGGACUCAGUUUCGCCUCUUUGUUCGAAGGUUAUGCACCAAGUAGGGAGAGAGACCAGUAAAUUUGUGGACAAGUACGAUGUUACCCUUGAUGUUUGCAUUUCAUCGGUGCUUUCACAGUCCAAGGUUAUUUGUCCUCAAACUGAGCAAGCAAACGAGAUGGUAGACGUAUGUGUAGAUGACAAAGUUACAAAUUAUUUAAACCAAAAAGAUGUACGUGAGGCUCUCCAUGCCAGGCUUCUUGGUGUUCGCAAGUGGGAUGUCUGCAGCAACAUUCUGGACUACGAUAUGCUCAACCUGGAAGCGCCUACCCUCCCUGUCGCUGGAUCACUAAUAAAAGUCGGAGUUCAGGUCUUAAUUUACAGUGGAGAUCAAGAUUCUGUUCUUCCUCUGACUGGUAGCCGCACCUUGGUUGGAAAACUGGCAAGGAAAUUAGCACUAAAUACAACGGUGCCUUACAGAGUAUGGUUUGCAGGCCAGCAGGUUGGUGGGUGGACUCAAGUUUAUGGUAAUAUCCUCUCAUUUGCCACUGUGAGAGGAGCCUCCCAUGAAGUUCCUUUCUCACAGCCUGAGAGAUCCCUCGUGCUCUUCAAGUCAUUCUUGGAAGGCAGGCCUUUACCUGAUAGAAUCUCGACACAAAGUUAGAGUCUUUUUGAUUUAGUUGAAAUUGUAAGUAAGCAUGCCAUUGAUUAAUGCGAUAUAAUUACGAAAUGAGUGUAUUAACUAAUUGUGCAGGAUGUCAUAGUGAGGUUUCUUUCUUCUUUUCCCUUCUAUGAUUGUUGUGUGCCAUCAAAUGUAAUUGAUUCAUGGGUCAGAUAAAUUCUUGUAUAAAUGUUGUGAAAGUAACGUGGAUUUCCCCCCCCCCCCCCUU